GUGGAUGUGUGUGUGACAUUCAUCUCAUCUUCUGGGGUUCUUGUGGAGAAAGGAAUCACUUUAUAUGGCUGGAUUCUGUGGAUAAUAAUGCGCAUAUGUGUUUUCUUUUUUUAAACCAUGUCGUAUUAACUUCAUAGGAGUCAUGCAUAACUAUUUUGGAGGUUGUUUAUCAAUAGUGUUCUUAAUUUUGACGUUUUGGACUGAGGGUUGCCACUCGUCGGGUUAUUUGGAGUUCCAGUUGAUCAGCGUGGAGAAUGACAGGGGUGAGCUCGCGAGUGGAAACUGUUGCGACGGCGCGCGGAGCGCACGAGACGCUCGGUGCGACCGGGACGAAUGUGACACGUACUUCAGAGUGUGUCUAAAGGAAUACCAGGUGGAGAUCAUCACGUCUGGCUUAUGUACAUACGGCACUGGACGCUCAAGCGUGCUCGGAGGGAAUACGUUUCAGUUCAAAGGAUUCAAUGGAAACCCAAACAAGGCCAAUGACCUCGGGACCGUUAUCAUCCCCUUUCAAUUCGCCUGGCCGCGAGCGUACACUCUGAUCGUAGAGGCUUGGGACUGGGACAACGAAACAGUCACUGACAGCCGUGAUGAUCUGUUGAUCGAGCUGAGUGUUAACCGUGGGGAAAUGAACCCUGGAGAGGAACGACAGAUCAUUCAGCACAAGGGUCGAACUGCCAGCUUUCAGUACAGUGUGCGUGUGCGCUGUGACAGACAUUACUACGGCAACAAGUGCAACAAACAGUGUCGCCCUCGCAAUGAUUACUUUGGACAUUACACAUGUGAUCACCUCGGCAAUCAGCAGUGCAUGGAGGGCUGGACUGAGCAGGACUGCAAGAAAGCUAUCUGUAAGCAAGGCUGCAGUGAGCUUCACGGAAGCUGUGAAGCUCCAGGAGAAUGUGUGUGUAAGUAUGGCUGGCAGGGUCCGCUGUGUGACGAGUGUUUGCCGUAUCCAGGGUGUGUGCACGGCACCUGUGUGAAACCCUGGACAUGCACCUGUGAGAAGAACUGGGGAGGACUUCUGUGUGACAAAGAUCUGAAUUACUGUGGGACGCACAAGCCCUGUGUGAACGGAGGCACGUGUCUGAAUACAGAGCCGGAUGAAUAUUUCUGCUCCUGCCCUGAGGGUUACUCUGGCAAAAACUGUCAUAUUGCCGAGCAUGCAUGCAUGUCAAACCCAUGUGCGAAUGGCGGGACUUGUCAUGAGCUGGGAUCAGGGUUCGAGUGUCAGUGUCCCCCUGGUUGGGAUGGACCAACCUGUGCUAAAGACAAAGACGAGUGUGCGUCUAACCCAUGUGCUCAUGGGGGAACCUGCUUUGAUCUUGAGAAUGGUUUUGACUGCUUAUGUCUACCACAAUGGACCGGCAAGACCUGUAAGAUAGAUGUGAAUGAGUGUACGAGAAGACCUUGUCUAAAUGCUUACGCUUGUAAAAAUCUAAUUGGUGGAUAUCAUUGCAACUGCUACCCAGGCUGGGCAGGACCGAACUGUAACAUCAAUGUCAACAGCUGUUAUGGUCAGUGUCAGAAUGGAGGAACCUGUCAGGAUGUUCGUCAUGGUUACGAGUGCCAUUGCCAGCCGGGGUUCAUGGGAAGACACUGCGAGGUGCAGCAGAGCAGAUGUGCAAGCGCCCCUUGCCAAAAUGGUGGACGCUGCCGUUCAAUAACCAUGGGCUAUGUGUGUGAGUGUCUGUACGGAUACACCGGAACCAACUGUGAGGUACAGGUGGAUCCAUGCAUUCUAAACCCGUGUCAGAAUAAAGCUCAGUGUCACUCUCUGCAGGGAGAUUUUUACUGUGCCUGUGACGAUGAAUACGAAGGAAAGACAUGCAGUCAGCUUCGAGACCACUGCAAGACCAGCACCUGCCAAGUGAUUGACAGCUGUACUAUUGCCGUGACAACCAACGGCACAGCGAAAGUGGUUAGGCACAUCUUAUCCAAUGUGUGUGGUCCUCACGGGCGCUGCAUCAGCCAAUCAGGCGGUAACUUCACUUGUACCUGCCAACCAGGGUUCACUGGGACAUACUGUCAUGAGAAUAUAAAUGACUGUGUGUCAUCUCCGUGUCACAAUGGAGGAACCUGCAUUGACGACAUCAGCUCCUUCCGCUGUGUCUGUCCCGAUGGCUUUGAGGGACAACUCUGUGACCUGGAGGUGAAUGAGUGUAGCGAUGAGCCUUGUCUAAAUGGAGGUAAUUGUAUCGAUUUGCUGAAUGAUUUCUACUGUCACUGCACAGACAACUGGAAGGGAAAGACAUGUAACUCACGAGACAAUCAGUGUGAUCCCAAUACAUGUGCUAAUGGAGGAACAUGCUAUGAUCAUGGAGACUCAUUCCGCUGUGUGUGCCCCUCCAGGUGGGGUGGCAGUACAUGCAACAAAGCAAUGAAUAACUCAUGUGAAUCUGGGCCAUGUCUGAAUGGUGGAACUUGUGUUGGAGGAGGCGGAGCCUUCACCUGCAUCUGCAAGGAUGGAUGGGAGGGGCCUACCUGUGCUCAGAAUGUUGAUGACUGCAACCCUCAUCCCUGUUAUAAUGGAGGACUAUGUGUGGAUGGGGUGAACUGGUUUCGCUGUGAAUGUGCUCCUGGAUUUGCUGGGCCUGAUUGCCGCAUAAAUAUAGAUGAGUGUCAGUCCUCUCCCUGUUCAUAUGGAGCCACAUGUGUGGAUGAGAUUAAUGGAUAUCGUUGUCUGUGCCCUGUUGGUCGAGCUGGACCACGCUGCCAGGAGUUUAUCGGAGUCGGGAAGGCAUGUGAUCGCUCGGGGUUGCAGGUUCAUCAUGGUGAUCGUUGGGAGGAUGGGUGCAACAGCUGUCAGUGUAUGAAUGGAAACAUCCGGUGCACUAAAGUGCAUUGUGUUCCUCAGCCUUGCUUGUUGCAGUCUGGCUUUGGUGAGUCACAGCACCCCCUGUGUCCACUAGGGCAGGAGUGUUUAGAGCAUAAUUUCCUGUCUUGCCUCCGUACCCCCUGCCAUCAGCUGGGGAUAUGCUCCACUUCUGAACGUCCACAACCAGUCAGCACGCAAUGCCUACCCAACAACGCCUACAUAGAUGUCAACUGUGCUCGUGUUACGCUUGUAUUUGACUCUGAUAGUGUUCCGCAGGGGACAACUGCUGAAGGUGUUUGCACAGAGUUAACGUAUCUGCCAAUCACACGAAUCCUGGCCAAAGACCAAACCCUUUACAUUCUUUGUGACCAAUCACCUUCCAGCCACAAUGCAGUGGAGGUUGCUAUGUCAUAUGAGCAAAACAGCUUUGUGGAGGGACAUACACAGAUACAGGAUGUGGUCCGUUCCAUCAUUGAUGUUCUGUCCAAACGUCACAACAGCACAUUACUAUUGGCUGUGAGAGAGGUCAGAGUUGACACUCAGGACCUGCGACCCUCAGUUGGUUACCUUGUCCCGUUACUGUGCGUGCUGUUUGUGAUAUUGUGGAUCUCCUGUGUCGUCGUGUGUGUGUGGUGGUUCCGUAGACGCAGGAAAGCGAGAGAAAGAGACCACACGCAGAUGGAAAGCAUCAACAACCAGCGUGGGAUGCUACUAAGCACUCACAUGCCACACAAAGACAACACGGACACACUGCAAGAGAAUAAGAACCUGAUUUACCCUCUGGAUCGUGUGGGAGACGGAGCUGAACGAGAGGAUGAGGAGGAGGAGGAAGAGGGGGAGGAAGAGGGAGACAGGGGGCUUGUUAUGCAUAAAUGCUCAUCUCUCGCAUACUCUAAGGGGAAUGUAGUGUACACUAUUCACAAUUCAGGCCAAAAUCAGCCACACAGGACACACUACAGCAGCAAGGAUAAGAACAAUGUGAAUGAGAGCAUGAGCGAGCACACGAAAGAUCAUUAUGUAUGAAAGAGCCACACAAGCUGGAAAUAUAUGAGUAUUUUUUGGCUAGCUGACCUAAAAGCCCCCUGGGCUUGUGCGAUUGGGUUUUUUAAUUUUUUUUUAUCUUUGUGUGGUCAAAUGCAAUGUGAAUUUGUCACAAAACUGCAAUGAAUCAGAUAUUCAGAGAAUGGCUUUCAUAAUCCUUUCUUCUGUUUACACUUGCACUCACUUUCUUUAAAAAGAAGGACAUUUUUACACAAGGCUGAACUUUUGGAUUACGUCUGUGAACUGUGGCGAGACCUGUGACUUUUUGGGCAAAGGAGGAAUCAGCGAUAGGCAGCUUUAAAUUGUUUUUGAUUAUGUCCAGACCUGCACUAAGUCAAGUGUUAGGAGCAGUCAUGUGUUCCAGAGGGAUAUUUACACAAGUGCCUCAUUAAACCUUCAAAAUAGUGCUUGCAGCUGACAGAAGCAUUUUAUUCUUUUAUAUACACUUUUCACAGUGAUACUCAACAAAUAUUUUUAGUUUUUAGUUUUUUUGCUGACAAAUGCGAAGACACACUUAAGAAUGUUAAGACAAAAAGGUUUACUUUUUAAUUUAAAUUCACCAAAGUACUCUUACACUAGUGGGUGAUUCUCACGAAACCUGCCAAAAAUGUCCUAGGUCCUAAUUUACUUCAAAUUAUUUUGCCUAUAGAAAGUGAAGCCUGUUUUUGGGCCUUUAAGAUUUUUUACAUUGUGAUAUUUUUACAUACAUGACAUUUUUGCCCCCAAUUCUCAUUACCGCAAUGUUAAAAAAGAUGGUCAUUAUGAUAUUUUCAUUACUGCAACAUGGAAGAAAUAUCUUCGUGCGACCCCUCACACACACGUGGACAUUGUAUUUUGGCUUCGCUAUAUGCAAUGCAUGGAGUCAUUUGACAAAACAACAUGGCGCCGACCACAACGUAGUUUGUCUUUGGGAGAAACACCAACAAAAUUACAUGUUUUCGAAGCCUAAUUUAGUUUUUACAUUGAAACCUGUUUGGGUCAAUAGCAAUACAGUACAAUACAAUAUAAAUACAAUAGCAUAUUUUUUAUUUUAAUAGAGUAAAAAAAUGACCUUGUUAUGGUUAUAAGAUUAAUAAUUGAAAACAAGGAAAAUAGUCAAGGAAAACAUUCGGACACAUCAUGGCAAUGGGAUUUGGGGGGUAAAAUGUGCACAAGUUUCCUGAAAAUAAUGUCACAAUCUUUUUGUCCUAAAUCUAGGCUUUAUGUAGACUUUAAUUUCAUUUUUAUUUUUUUUUUUUCAUAUUGAUUUGGGGUUAAAUAUGACCAGGACAUUUUCUUGACAUGUUUCAUGAGAACGACCCUGUAAUACUUGGUAGGUUAGGGGUCUUUUGCUGGGAAUUGGUUCUCACAGUCCUGACACAGUAAAAGAGUAUUUUGACUGAUACACUCUCACCCACACAGUUCUUGACAGUUAAUAAUUAUUGCUCGGUUUUUGAUGGUGUGAGAUGUAUAUGGAGAUUUUAUUUCAUGUGACUGCCUAUGACAGCCAUAUAAAUAGAAAAGACACAGUUUAAAGGAUCAAGGAUCCUUUCUGUUAUCUUUCUUUGAUCUUUGAGAUUCAGAGUUUGUGUUGGUGAGAAACACACUAUUGUAUUCUCCUUCUCCCAGAGCUCUUGGGUUUUUUGGUCACCAGUAGAUGAAAAUAAUUUUAGUUGUUUGAUCACUGAAAGAUGAAUUCAUUAAAAUGAAAAGAUGAUGCAUGUACAAAUGUAAAUAGUGAAAGAAAGACAUAGCUGUGUAUAUUUGAGUUUACUAACUUAUGUGAUACCAUUUUAUUUUAAUUCUUAGAAUUAUUAUUUUCUUUUUUUUUUUUGUCUCUUUUAGUCUUUCAUCAGUGUCAUUCCUUUUAUUUAUGUUGGUCAGAAAAUGUUUUUUUAAUAUAUAAAUAUGUAAAAGGUUCACAGGCUGGUAGUUUAUUUGCGAAGACUCUUGAUAAGAGAUUAUUCUGAACAUUAGAUCUAUGUUCAUGUUAGAAUAGAUUAUCCAUGUUAUUUUUAUGAAUUUCCUAAUGAAUGUUGACUAGGCAGUGGACACACUGACCAUGCUGAAAGUAAAAAAGAAAACAACAAUUAUUUUGCCGCCAAUUAAAACCUGCCUUUUUCUGAAACUCUACUUUUAUUGGACAAAGACUCAUAGACUUCAAAGAACUCUGAUGCAUGUCUGAGUAGCACUUUGUCUCCUUGGAAAAGUCCAACACCUGCAUUUUCAAGCCAAUGUCAGUCAUGAUAUAAUUAUGUGUUUAUAUUAGUGUCCCAGACUGUCUGGAUUUUAAGACUUUUUUUUUAUUCAUAAUGUGCUCAGAACGUUACUGCUUGUCAUAAUACUACAAUUCAAACGAAAUCACAAACGGACCAGAGUCUACCAUGUGAUAAUGACCCACGUAAAUAACAGAAGUAACACUUGAGUGCGAACUAGCAAGCCCAAACUCAUGUGUAUCUUCUGCCUAAGUAUUGCGUUAAAUAUUAGAUUUUAUAAAUAUGACAUCUUGUAUAAAAUGGUACUAUAUUACUAUAAUACCAUAGUAAGAAAGAACACUAGAGCUGUGUCCCAAACGACACACUAUACACUAUGCACUUUUAAAAUAUACUAUGCACUCAGCCAUGUAGUGUAUGAAUUUUCAAAGUGCACUAUCAUCCCAAAUGGAACACUUAAUGUUUGUUUACUACACAGAAGCGUUCUCCGUUUACCAGCUGACGGAAGUGACGUUUCAAACCCAAGCAUUGUUUUGCCGCUAGCUUUAGUGCGGUAUCCACCCUUAGUUCAACACUUAUAUCUCAAUAAUAUUCACACAGCAUGAUAUGAUGGUAAGGCGCUUAACUCACUUUUGUAAGGUGCUGUCUUCACAGCAGUUUCGCUAGUUGUCAUAUUCUCCAUUAUUUACAAUUGUUUUGCCAGAUCACCAUCGCUGUCGGUAACUCCGCCCCUUCCGCUAUGUACGGCAAGCCACGUACACUGAGUGCAUGAAGUGUCCAACAUUCCACACUCCGUUUUGAUGGUUGAAAAAGUUCAUCAUCCAGGUACUCGUAGUACACUUCUUUUUGUUGCAUUUUGUUACUGUGUAAACAUACUACUCGCACUACUUACUCUUCAAAAUUAUGUAAAAUAGUGCAGAAGUGUGCGGUUUGGGACGCACCUAGGGUCUAAAGAUGAGAAAUCCUCUCAUUUAGAAUGGCAGGUGUGGGACUGCCUGUUGUAGUUUCUGGGUCAAAUUCAGUGCAAUUGUUUCAAGAUUUUUGGAAGGCCAGGAGAAUACUGUCAGUGCAUGUUGCUUUUGCUGAAUGAAGGGAACAAUUUCUGUUUUUCUAUUUCCUUUCUGUCAUCUGUUUCAUUUGGUGUUUUUAUACAGAUUUGAUAUUAAGAUGGAUACAGGAGGAAUUGAUUAAUGCAAAAUCUGACAGUCAGUUAGAUGUAUUCUCAUUCUCAUUUAUGUCACUCCUCAAAUAAAGUUGUGCUUUCCAAAUUUUUGAUCAUUGUACAAUAAAGGAAAUGAAACAAUGCCCUCGCAUGUAAAGAAAAGCUCAAAACUCUUAAUAGUCCAUCACAGUACUGGCUGUGAUUAGUUCUACAUGCGCUGAAUGCUCAUAAUGAAUUUGACCUUUCAUUUGCUGUACCUGUUUGAAUUUCCAUACAAUUCAAGUAUUUAUUAAAGACUUUUGU